CCUUUAAAUAGACUCCGCUCCGGGUCUCCAUAUUUCUUAUCUAGUGUAUUUAUUUCGUAGUAACGAAAACGAAAGUAAAUUUUAGAAUUCUAAACGACAGCAAAUGAUGACAUGAGACGAUCGGAGUGAAGACGCAGAGGAACAGACGACUGGCUGUGAAAGAAAGUGAGAGAAAAAAUGGCCGGAUCGUUAAGCAGAAUAGAGCGGGAACAGAUGCUGAAUUGUGGGAUAUGUGACAGUAGAUUGGUAGAUCCGCGCCUCUUGUUCUGUCUCCACUCCUUCUGCAAGGAAUGCCUGGUCAUCAAACAGGAACAGGCUGCUGACACGGACGCAAUCAUCUGCGAGCUGUGCGGACACCAAACAGAUCUAUCAAGUCCGUCGAUUGACUCCUUGACGUCGAACAUAUUCCUAACAAAUAUCGCAGCCGUGGACCAAAUUCUCAAUUCUAACCGAAAAUUUCAUUGUUCAUUCUGCAAGGAGCGCGAGCAAACUGUGGAGGCGUCGUCACUGUGCCUCUCGUGCGGGGAUUGGCUGUGUCUAACUUGUGCAGAACGUCACUGCCUAACCCGAAUCACGAAGAACCAUAAAGUUGUUACUAUUGAUGACGUCAGAGCAGAUCCACAGUAUUCAUCAGAUCUGCGAAAGCUUUACGACACGAAGUGCCUAGAUCAUCCCGAUGAACGAGUCAUAGAAGUCUGUUGUCAGUGUGACACCCCAGUUUGUUUUGAAUGUACACAAACUACUCACAAACAACACGAAUCCAUUCCACUUGACGAUGCCAAAGAAGAGGUUCGAGAAAAUUUGGCCAGUUUUCUGCAGAUGUAUAAGGGUGUGCUAGAAUGUGACAACGAAGCCGAGGAACAAAUUGCCAACAGGUUAAAGGAAGUAAAAAGCAAAGAAGAUAAUCUCUUGCAGCUCGUACAUACCACGCGGGAUAGUCUUAUUGAAGACAUAAAUCAACAAGCCACUGCAGCGGAAUCAGCGAUUUCUCAUCCCUUCGAGAUGGUUAAAAUGUCUUUAUCACAAGCGUUAAAAUCUGUUCGUGCUCGGGCUGAAACCACGCAGAGAUCACGCUUAUUUUGCGAGAAACUUCAUCAGGAGGGCUUAGGACGGGAGUACGUUCAUUUCAUGGAAUUGUUUAAGAAAGUAAAAACUGCUGGCUACAGAAGAGAAAAGGUGGAAAAUCAAUCUUUUCCUUACUUGAAACUGAAUAUAUCUAAAUUCUCCAUGCCAAAGAUAUUCAAUGUCUCGCAGGCUGAUGAAAAGUUUGAUAUUCUUGACAGUGAUUAUUUGGAAUCAGUUAACGACACUGUAGAAGAUAAGGUACUUUUAACCCAUCGAUUAGUCGGUGAAGAGGAUAUUCUUAUUCCAGCCCCAGGAAACCUGAAAGCUAUUAUCUCGCAAGGAAAUGAGGGGUUCAAAAGUCAGGGCAUUGAUGUUUCCGAGAAAGACAUGGAGGAGAAAGUCCUGACUGAGAAUGAUUUGCAAGAGGGAGCUGUAGGGGGCUUUGAUUACGAGUCCUGUGAAUCGGAUUCAGAUGAUACGGAGACUAGCGAUAUUUGUUUUCCGAAAGACCCAGUAUAUAUAGGGGAUAUACAGUUUUCUGAUGACGAGAAAAUGAUAACAUAUUCUGAAGACGAACAAGAAAAACCAUGUUUAUCUUUACCAUCUUCAAGACGAGUGAAAGCAGAGGAUGAAUUGCACCUUCCGGGUUGUGAGAAUGAGGACAUUAUUAAGACCUUGAAGGUUAAGGAGCAUGCAUUUAUUCCUUUGUCCAUCCACUCUGAUCAAACAUCACCCGUUGUGAAUGAUAUUUGUUGGUUGACGGAGGCAGAGUUUGCUGUUGGGGACAAAGCUAACCAAAUGAUCAAAGUAUUCAAUGAUAAAGGAAAAAGUAUCUGGUUCAAGAAUAUGCAUGAGGGUUCUGUAGAAAGGCUUGCUUGUAUUGAUGGUGUCGUUGCAUCUGAUUAUCCAUCGGGUGUGCACUUAGAAACCAGAAAUGAAUCUUUUUCAAAAAUAUAUUGCUAUUCACCAACCCGUACAACCCCCUACCCAAUCGCAAAGACACACGGGAAAGAAGUAAUAAUAGGAAAUCGAGAUUUCUCUGACCUUAGAUGUUACAGCAAGAAAGGGAAAAGAAUACAGUACCUGUCCCUUGGGAGAAAAGUUAACAUCAAUUACAUUGCGCAAAGCAUGACAGGCGACUUCUUUCUUACCGAAAAAAGUUCCAAAUCUGUGAUGAAGUUUCAUAAGGGUCAAAACCUCCGUGUGUUUUUUAAAGGGCUACCCCAUUGGGAACCCCAGGGAGUGGCCAUUGAUUCCGGUGAGAAUGUUUAUGUAUGUGACAACGCUGGCGGAAACGUCGUGAAGUUGUCCCCUAGUGGAAAUGUUCUGGGGAUCCUAGAAGUUCAUCCCUCAGGCCCUCGUGGUAUGUCCAUUUCCCGCCAAAAUCGACUACUAGUCAAUGACGACCAAGGAAAUGUAUGGAUGAUUCAGCUGUGACAAUAACUGUAUAGCGUUUGGGAGAUAGCUGAAUUAGGCUGUGUCCGCUGCUCAAGCCCUAUCACAAUUUGUGAAUAAAAUUAUAAUGAAUGAAAUAAUUGUAUAAAAUGACGAUCAAUGGCAGUGUUUUAUCUGCAUAUUUAAAAUUUCCAGAUUUCGUUAUUGUGAUUAUGAUUUAAACACUGCGUGACGAAUACAAAUUAGAAAUGCA